AUGGAACUUAUGGACUUUCCUGUCGUAGGAAACAAAUUCACCUGGCUUAAAGCUAAUGGUAGUUUUUGUAGCAGAUUAGCUAAAAUUUUAUUAUCAGAAGAUCUGAUUUCCAAUUGGAACAUUAUGGCUCAAGUUAUGGGUGAUAUAGACAUUUUGGACCAUCGACUUGUAUGGAUUAAGGAUAAUGUGUUGAACUGGGGAUCGAAACCUUUCAAAGCAUUCAGGAGUUGGUUUGAACAUUUAGGGUUUUUGGAAUUCGUGAUGAAGGAAUGGAAUUCAAUUAGUGGUGGGAAAUGCUGCUCAUAUUCUAUCUGUAAAGUUUAA